UUUGAAAAAAGGGUCACGUAUUUUUAUACAAAAGUUUUCAUUUUUCUCGAUCAUCUUCAUUCCUCCACGAAUCCCAAAAAUCUCGCUACUGAAUCGAAACAGAUGCAUUCAAACUCAACUCAUCACUGUUUCUCUUUCUCUCCUUUCCGUUUCUACCUAGGUUUUGUCGUUGCUUCGGAUUAGAAUUCCAUUUCGUCACUCGUUCGGCGCCCUCGAUGAUGACGACGACCUCAACUCCUCCGAAUAAGAAGAUUUGUUUCAAUUCCAAUUGUCAGGAGGUUUUGUCGCGGUCGAGGAAGGGCUGGCGCCGUCGAACAGGAGAUUUCGCCGAACUCUGUGAUCGAUGCGCUUCUUCUUACGAGGAAGGAAAAUUCUGUGACACAUUCCAUUUGAAUUCAUUAGGCUGGAGGUGCUGCGAGUUUUGUGGGAAAAAAGUACAUUGUGGAUGCAUAGUGUCCUUCCAUUUGUUUGUUCUAUUGGAUGAUGGGGGAAUUGAGUGCAUGUUAUGCGCAAGGAAAAGUUUCAUCUUGACACCUAAUCCUGCAUUGCCACCGCCUUCUUCUCUCAUGCUUCCUGUGCAGUCUGAAAGAAUUAAAGACCUAUCUGUAAUGAAUCAGUCAGCUGGAUCAGGUACACUUCCAUGGCGUCAAUCACCCAGUUCAUUCAUCUACACUACACAGUCAGGAAGUCAUCAACCAGUAACUUCAGAAGUUGAUGCACACAGUAGCAGCUCACAUAUUACUAGUGAGCUAUUUACUGCUGAUAGGAUAUUGAAUGGAAGUCCCAAGUUUGUUGCAGGUGAUAUGGUAGGGACAAGUAAUGGCGACUAUUCAAACAUAAAUAUCUUUCAGAAGUUGUCUUUGACAAAGACUGAGAAAAAAGACUUUCAAUUUGCUUCAUCUGCUUCACAAAAUGCAGCAAAUGGUCAAACAAUGGUUUCCCAAAACCAUUUACUACAGCCAAACACUCUGGUAAAUAAAGAAUAUGGUGGACACUGUGGAGUUGACCUUUCCGGGGAAACUCAGGUAUGGGAUGGAAGGUCUCGGGCUGAUGCUCUAUCAAAGAUUCAACUACUUUCACGAUAUUCUCCCAGGAUUAUUGAUCAAGAUUUGAAGCAGAUUUCAGUAGAUCCGAAUUAUGUGGUUACUCCUUUGUUCGAGAAGAUGUUAAGUGCUAGUGAUGCUGGACGUAUCGGAAGGUUGGUUCUUCCUAAAAGGUGUGCUGAGGCCUACUUUCCAACAAUUUAUCGUUCAGAAGGUUUGCCAAUCAAAAUCCAGGAUCUGAAAGGAAAUGAAUGGGUAUUUCAGUUUCGAUAUUGGCUUAAUAAUUGCAGCAGGAUGUAUGUUCUAGAGGGUGUUACUCCCUGUAUACAGUCAAUGCAAUUGAAAGCUGGUGAUAUAGUCACGUUCGGUCGAAUAGAGCCUGAAGGAAAGUUAGUUAUGGGCUUUCGAAAGGCUCCGACCUCUCCUUUGUUUGAUCAUGGCAAUGAAAAUCAAGAUUCUGAGAAAAUGGCUCCUUCAGCAUUACCUGAUAUGCCUUCAAGUAAACAAGCUAAAACUAAAUAUCAAGCAAGUAGUGGAGGUUCAAAGAAGAAACGUUCACGCAUAGAAACUGAGAACCUAGUUGAGCUGAAGCUUACACUGGAAGAAGUUCAAGUGCUGCUUCGUCCACCUCCAAACCUCGCCCCUGUAGUAGUGGCUAUUGAAGGUUUUGGAUUUGAAGAAUACAAGCAGAAUGCACCAAUUAUUGGGAGGCCUACAAUCUUUGCAACGGACAAAACUGGUGAAAAAGUUCAAUGGGUCCAAUGUGAAGAAUGCUUAAAGUGGCGGAAGAUUUCUGCAGGUGCUUUCAUACCUUCUGAAUGGACUUGUUCAAAGAACUCGUGUGAUCCAAGAAGAUCUUCGUGUUCAGCAUCACAAGAGUUGACAACAGCAGAGCUUGAGGAACUGUUAAAGAGAGAGAAUGGAGGUGGUUGUAAGAAAAUGAAGGAAGUUACAAAAGGUGAUGAUGAUGUAAUGAGAUGUUCAUUCAAAAGACAGAUUGAUCUGAACAUGCAACCAGAGAGGGAUGAAGAGGAAGAAGAAGAAGAAGAAGAAGAAGGGUCAUCAUCAAUCUUUUUCACCCAAUUGAGAUGAUGAUGAUAAUAAUAAUAAAAAAUGCUUGAACAGUUGUGUCAAAAAACAAAGAUGAUGAAGCCUGACUCUGGACCAAACAAUCUAUUUUAUUUUAUUUGCAGCAUCCAAACAAAGCCACAGUACUAGAAAGAGCCGUCUGUUUUUGAUGAUAUGAAAAGGUAAAUAAAAUAUUUGAAUUCAU